UGGCCACUAUACGGUUGUAGCGCGCUCGGUCUGCACGUUUAGUUGUUCAGUUCAGUGUACAAAAUGAGUGGGAAUUUCCUUACUAUACCCAGUGAUGAAAACAUCAAGCGUCGGUCUAGGAGUUCAUCGCUCACAGACCUGAUAUCGGCGUUCGACACGAAGGCUCAGACGCACACGGAGCUACAGAAAAUAACUGCCUUCAGUGGACAGUUCGAUAAGAGCGUGAAGCCGACGUUCUCAAAGGACGAGUAUGGCAAGCCGAUUCCCGGUUCGAUGACAGAGUACCGGGGGGCGGAGGCCCAGGCCCGCGUGUGCACUGAGAUGAAGGAGUUGUGUGAGAUCAUCAACGAGUACGGCAAGACGCCCUGUAAGAGCCUCCUGCCGCCGGAGCUGAAGAAUGCCACGAAGGUCAUAUCGUUCGGCGAACUGUUCACAAUAUACACGGUGAUAUCAGACAAACUGGUGGGCCUCUUACUCCGGACGAGGAAACACCAACUCACCUACUUCGAGGGAGAAGUCCUGUUUCAGAAACGAGACGAUGACGUGCCGGUAUUCCUGCUACAGCCCAUAGCUGAUAUAAGAGCGUACUGCGACAACAAGGCGCUGCAAGCCCGACGCUCCGUGUCUCCUAUGCCACAGUAAAAUAUGCCACAUAGUGUAUGCCAUAUUAUACUGUGUAAUGUACGCCAGAUGUGUAUGACAAUGGGAGUUUUGUUUGAGUCGAUUUUUGACGCUUAGCAAGUUUCUGUAUAAAGGCGGGAUCGAACUGAAGCGACACGACACGACGAGUCACGAGACACUUCACUUUCAUAGAAUUGACAUUUAUGACGCUUCACGCUCCCCCUACGGAGAUACCGUAAUUUACCGUUUUUAGAGCCUUUAAGG